GGAAGGGAUUCCCCCGCUCGUCCGCGCUCGCCGCCCGCGUCACUGCGCGCUCGCUGCCCGGUGUCUUCCCCGCGCUCACGGAGGUGUGUCACGGAGCUCCCCUGGCCCUCCGGGAAUGUUUGAUCCACACCGACGUGAAUUUUCAUGAGGCAGCCUCCGAAUGACGUGGAGAUGGCGUUAGGUGGGACUCUCUUGCCGUCCAUUUCCACCUUCGCCAGCGGCCCCGCUGUCUCCGGCAAGCCUGUAGGAAGUGGCACCCCAAGAUGGAAGGAGGAGUUGUCCCAUCUUAAGAGACUGAGUGUGCCAACGGGCCCUAACGUGGACCACCCCCCUGCCACCAGCACCGCCAGUCCCAGCAUGUCCAAGAAAGACUCUGAGCCUGAUCUGGACUUGGACUACGACUUUAUACUCUCCAACUCUCUGCUGCAGCAGCAGCAGCAGCAGCAGCGGCAGGAGGAGGAGAGCAUGGCCUGCUCCUCGGCGCGGGCACCUUCUCCUGCGUCUUUCUCAUCCUCCUACCCGCUUCCUACUUCUCAGGACUCAGCCAGCGAGCUGCUCUACACCAUCCCAGAUAUCAGUGACGUUUCCCCUUCUGGAGGUUUUGUAGCGGAACUCAUGAGGCCGGACUUGGACCCGGCCUACCUGCAGCCCACCAGUCUGCAGGGCAAGUUUGUGGUCAAGACCACCAUGGACCUGGGUGAGUACGGCCAGGCCGUGAACGUAAGCAAAGCCACGGUGCCCGAACCUCUACGUGCCUCGCCGCCUUUUACCUGCCAGAGGAUAAAGCAAGAGAACCCCAGUAACUGCACCAUCUCAACGCCCAUGGACCCCCACUUGGGGAACGCGCAAGGCCGAGGAUCUCAGCCCAGACCGUCACACUUGGAUCUACACGGAUUCCCGGGCGGCGGGAGCAGAGCCUUGUCGGGCAGAUUGUCCUCGUCGUCUUCCAUUUCCCCGGACCAUCCUCUGAGCCGGGAGCACCAGAUACUGGGUCACCCCCACUCCCAUUUACCUCCGCAUGGAUACCACCACGGCUCCCCGCAGGGAUUCACCUCCUACCCACAGACCUCAGCCAUGCAGUACCAAGAUGCUCUCAUGGUGGCCUCUGCCGACGGUGUGACGGAGGAGCCCAAGCCCAAACGCGGGAGACGCUCGUGGCCCAGGAAGCGAGUGGCGACGCACACGUGCGACUACGUCGGCUGCGGAAAAACCUACACCAAGAGCUCGCACCUGAAAGCUCAUCACCGCACGCACACAGGGGAGAAGCCGUACCACUGCGACUGGGAGGGCUGCGGCUGGAAGUUCGCACGUUCGGACGAGCUCACGCGACACUAUCGCAAACACACGGGCCACCGGCCCUUCCAGUGCCAGAAAUGCGACCGGGCCUUCUCCAGGUCCGACCACCUGGCCUUACACAUGAAGAGACACUUGUGAGAGCGGGACCAUGGGCUCCAAGAACUCUGAGCAAACUUUCCCAGUCAUCUGCCUUCAGGUUACUAGACAGGCUGUGGCCUUCACGGCAACAAGGAAAAAAAAGAGGAGGACUCUUUGAGGACUCGGGCAGGGUUGUAAACUUUUAUGAAACUGGAAUUUGUCUUAUUUAUGUGACAAAACUUGGAGGACCAGGUGCCAACGACUUAACUGGAAACGUACUCCUUCCAUGGAAACCAGGGCAAACAUCUCCAGAGGCCUUUUCACCAGCAGCACGCCAUUUACACGCCACCUGUCACCCGCCACACACCCGGUGCGCCUGCAUUAACCCCGGAGCGCCGCAGCAUCGUGUUGUGGAAGAUCAUGAGCACUGCCUGUUAGGAGGGGCAAACACCUCCAGACAGUCACGUCUUCACUCACACGAUCGCCUCUUGACUAACUUUCGCUUGAGGCGGGUGUUUGUGUGGUUUUGGCUUCCAAACACUGCAUCCAAAUUCAGAGUGGGUUGUCGCAACCACCAGGACACAUUUGAGAUGAGCGGAGACUUGUGAUGCAUAUUCUGAUGUCAUGAACAUGUCAUCUUCAUAUUUAGUUAGUUUUUUUAAGUUAUUUAUUUACGGAGGUCAAGAGACACCGCGUGAAUUUUAGCGCCGCCGUGAAAUGGGCUCUUACAAACGUGUCGAUGAAACACGACCAGCUCAAGGUGUCUCUACUGACACCCAGUGUUUGACAGGAGAAUUGCCGCAAAGGAAAAUAACCCCCCCCCCCCCCCCCCCCCCCCCCACUCGGCGCGUCUGUCUUCAACUCGCCUACUAACGUAGGAAUUUGACGUCAUACAGCACUCGCGAAAUAUGUGACCCGUCUGGCUUCGUCGCAUCUGGUUUGCUGACGAUGGAUGAGGAAAACAUUCGUGUUGUAUAAACUUACAAGCACGUUUAAAGGGAUGGUGGUUAAGCUAUUCAAUACAGAUAAUAAUAUUAAUAAUAAUAAUAAUAAUAACAAUAAGAAUAAUGUCUUGCACCAUUUGCCUCUGACGUUCUCAAAACACAAAUUUAGGUAAAUAUAUGCACUAAUAAAGCUAAUCUAAUCUAAUGUAAUUGUGAGUGAAAGUCUCCGCUGCUUUUAAUGGCAACACGCCGAGGGCCGCAGCCUUGUUUUUCGGUCAAUAUCAGGGCGAUCCGAAAUCAUUUGUACUGUGAUUAAGCCAUUUAAAUUAAGAUGUAAUUUAUUGAAAUGGAAAAUGAGUUUUCUAUCAACUAUUUAAUUCUAAAUUUCAUGACUAUAGCUCAUUUAAUGUGCAUGUGUAGGCAAUGUCAUGGGCUGGUUUAACAUCGAUCGGGUCCAUAAACUGCAUAGCUUCGUGGCUAAAUAUAAAGAUGGCAGGUCAAACGAUCAGCCCUCGUCUGGAUGAACUGGAAAACGAAAUAUUGAUGGGCUCAAAAUACAAUUCUCAUGUUUCUUGAUGCGUCUAAACAUCAAAGGCAUUGCAGAAUGACUGUCACAUUUCCAACAAAAAUACAAACCUUUCAGUUUUCAAAUAAUUUGAAAAUACGUAAUGAUGAAAUAAAUUCAUUUUUUGAUGGCGUGGAACCAAUCGGUCAGGUUUCACUGGAGGCUGCCUUAACAGUAACAGUCAGUAAAGACACAUUUCAC